AUGUCCAACGGUGUCGUUGCCAAUGGCGCUUCUGCCGACCAGACUCACACUGCGUCGCAGCGCUACCUGAGCACCCGUGGUGAAGACAGCGGCUUCUCCUUUGAAGAGGUCGUACUCAAGGGCCUUGCCUCCGACGGUGGUCUUUACAUUCCCGAAGCCAUUCCCUCCGCCGAGAACUGGGAAUCCUGGAAGGAUCUUUCCUUUACCGACCUCGCCUUCAACAUCAUCUCCCUUUUCGUCUCCCCCUCCGAAAUCCCCUCGGAGGACCUCAAGGAUAUUAUCAACAGGAGUUACGCAACCUUCCGUGCCGACGAAGUCACACCACUGGUGAACCUCCAAGGUGAUGUUCAUCUUCUCGAGCUUUUCCACGGCCCAACCUUUGCUUUCAAGGAUGUGGCCCUCCAGUUCCUCGGAAACCUCUUCGAGUAUUUCUUGGUGCGCAGAAACGAGGGAAAGACCGGCCGUGACAGAUACCACUUGACCGUGGUGGGUGCCACGAGCGGUGAUACUGGCUCGGCUGCCAUUUACGGUCUCAGGGGGAAGAAGGACGUCUCGGUUUUCAUGCUCCACCCCAAGGGGCGCGUGAGCCCCGUCCAGGAGCAGCAGAUGACCACGGUGCUGGACGCCAAUGUUCAUAAUCUGGCUGUCACUGGCAACUUUGACAAUUGCCAGGACAUCGUCAAGGCUCUAUUUGCCGACCCUGAGAUCAACUCGACCCACAAGCUCGGCGCCGUCAACAGCAUCAACUGGGCUCGUAUUCUCGCCCAAACUGUCUACUACUUCCACGCCUAUUUCUCCCUCCUCCGCCAGCAACCCUCUACCUUCAAGCUCGGCGACAAGGUCCGCUUCGCUGUCCCUUCCGGAAACUUUGGCGACAUUCUCGCUGGUUACUUCGCCCUUCGUAUGGGUCUCCCCGUCGACAAGCUCGUUAUUGCCACCAACGAGAACGAUAUUCUUGACCGCUUUUUCAAGACUGGUCGUUACGAGAAGAAGCCCACCUACGGCUCCAAGGCCGAAGGCGGUCUUGAGCAGGACGGUGUCAAGGCCCACGAGGAUGGCGUGAAGGAAACUCUUUCUCCCGCCAUGGAUAUCCUGGUGUCUUCCAACUUUGAGCGCCUGCUAUGGUUCUUGGCGUAUCAGUUUGCCUCCAGCGCUGGGAUGGACGAUGAGUGGAACAAGAAGCAGGCUGGUCAGGAAGUUUCUUCCUGGCUGUCUGACCUCAAGAACAAGGGUGGUUUCGGGCCGGUAUACAAGGACGUUCUUGAAGCUGCGCGCAAGAACUUUGAGAGUGAAAGGGUCAGCGACCAGGAGACACUCGACACCAUCAAGGCCCUCUACAAGGAAGUUGGCUAUGUUCUUGACCCCCACACGGCAGUCGGCGUGGAGGCUGCGAGAAGGACACAAAAGCGCGCUCUUGUGGAAGAAGGUGCCGCAAAGCACAUCAUCUCUCUCUCAACAGCCCAUCCGGCCAAGUUUGCCGGCGCGGUUGAGCUGGCGCUCAAGGAGGAGCCAGAGUUUAACUUCCAGGAGAAUGUCCUCCCACCCGAGUUCGUUGGGCUGGACAAGAAGGAAAAGAGAGUCAGUGAUGUGGCGAACGAUUGGAAGGCUGUACGAGAUGUCGUCAGGCAACAAGUGGAGGAGGAGUUCAAGGCCCUGGGUUACUAA